CCGGAGGGUGACUCAGCAGUGGCGCCAAGCUCGAAUAAAUUAUCUGUUGGUGCCAUUGUUGGUAUUGUUAUCACAGUUGUGGUUGUUCUUGUUAUUGUGGCUGUCAUUCUGUAUUGUGUGCUGCGUCAGCGACCACAACAAGAACAAGAACAACCGCGAGAAAAGGUGCAGAUGGAUGCUGUGGACUCUCAAUCCACAAGUAAAACAACCACAGUGGACAUUACUCCGAACCCUCUGACAACAACUUCUAAGACUGAAGUUACAACAACUUCUGCUGUAUCUAGAAAUACAGCUAGAUCUGUACAAAGUGGUGAUAUCUCCCGGAAUAGUAAUUAUUCUGUUAGCAGCUCACUUUCUUAUGAUAACGCUUCACCCAGCGAUGGACAGAUGAGAGAGGCACCCGCACCUCUUCAAGAAACAAGUGCAGGAAAUACUUUACCCCUUCGUACAAACGUUAAUAAUAGGGGGUCUGAGAUGAAUACUAUGGAGGAGCAAAAGAGGAUAAGUAAGCUGAAUCCGAAUCGCAUGUCUGUUGUCCAGAAGUGGAGAUUGAUUGAAGAACUUCGUGAACGACGUGACCUUCCCCCACUGCCUAUGCUAAUGCGGGAUGAUCGUGAAGCUCUACUCGCUGCAGUUGAUAUCAUCCUACAAGAGAUGAGACCGAUGAACCAAUAUGAAAAGCGUGAAGAAGAUUGA